GCCCUAGGUAUCCGCCGGUCUCUUUUGAAGAUAUCAACGCGCGCAGUGUAUAGUGCACACCUCGUUUGUGGCUCGACAACAAUGUUCCUUUAGCCCUUUCGUAAACAUGUGAUUCUGACAGAAAGUACCUGCUAGCGUGCAAAAAAGUGUUCUCCAAGUGUUUGUCCUACCUUGUUUCUUGUGCCACACUAGGGGUGGAUAUGUUCUUCUUCAUCUGCUGAACCACAGGUCACGCACAUCAUGGUUGCCAAGCACUUCAGCCAGGGUUCAAGCCCUGAGUUCGGUGUGCCGGACAUGACAAUUAUCAGCGACAUCGACGAGACAGGGAUCAAUCGAAACCUGCAUGUCCGAUAUUGCCGGGACCAGAUAUACACUUACACUGGGUCUAUACUGGUAGCUGUGAAUCCAUACAAGGAGGUGGAUUUCUACACCCUGGAUUACGUGAAUCGGUACCAUGGUCAAAAGAUGGGAACUCUUGAGCCCCACGUGUUUGCACUCGCUGAAGCAGCCUACCGUUCGCUUCAAGAUACUGACAGUAAUCAAUCCUGCGUAAUAUCUGGGGAGAGUGGAGCUGGAAAGACUGAAACAACCAAAUUUAUCCUCCAGUAUCUCUGCUCUGUAACCAGCAAUGUCGACACUUGGGUGGAGCAGCAAAUUUUAGAAGCAAACACCAUCUUAGAAGCAUUUGGAAACGCAAAGACAGUUCGAAACGACAACAGCUCUCGCUUUGGAAAAUUCAUGCAGGUCUGUUUCGACAGCAAAUGGAUGAUUAAAGGUUGCAUAAUUCAGGACUAUCUUUUGGAACAAAGUCGAAUCACCUUCCAGAGUACAGGUGAAAGAAACUACCACGUUUUUUACCAGCUUGUAGAGGCAGGGACCCGAGACCAAGAAUUUGCCGAACAAUAUAAACUGAAAGCUGCCAAUCACUAUAAAUAUCUCAAUGACUCUGGUUGUACAAAAAUCGACGGUAUUUCCGAUGUAAAAAAAUUCGACGCCUUAAGACUCGCAUUCAGCGUCCUCCAAGUACCGACAGAAAUGUGUGAUGGAAUUUUCAGAGUUUUAUCAGCCAUUCUCUGGCUCGGAAAUCUCAAAUUUGAAGAUAUUGAUGGUGAAAGAUGCGAGCUGACGCAAGAAGAUCACGAAAUUAUUGCUACCGUAGCUCCCUUACUAGGUCUUCAAGUUGAGGAUCUGACAAGAAUAGUUCUGGAAAGGCAGAUCAACGUCAGAGGCAAUAUUACUGAAAUUCCAUUGAAGGUGCAGGAGGCGAAGGAAAACAGGCAUGCGAUGGCAAAGGCUUUAUAUUCAAGAACAUUCGCUUGGCUUAUCAACCAUAUCAAUAAUUGCACGAAUCCAGGUCAAGAUAUGUCGAGGUUUCUAGGAGUUUUGGACAUAUUUGGUUUUGAGAACUUUCAUGUUAACAGCUUUGAGCAACUCUGCAUUAAUUACACGAAUGAAAAGCUUCACAAGUUCUUUAAUCACUAUGUCUUUGCUUUGGAGCAGGAACUUUAUCGUCAAGAGGAAAUUCAGUAUUCCCAUAUAAAGUUUACCGACAACACUUUGUGCCUGGAGUUGAUAGAGAAACCACCUCGUUGUGUCUUGAAGCUUUUAACCGAACAAUGCCACAUGCCAAAGGGUUCAGAUUUAGCCUACUUGACUAAUCUCCAUUCGGAAUUUGACAAUCAUCCUUGUUACGUGAAGGGUGAUGAUCGUCGUAAAUGGGAGAAAGAAUUUGGACUCAGGCACUAUGCAGGAACAGUGACCUAUACAGUGGAAGGAUUCGUUGACAAAAAUAGGGACGUACAACAGGACGUAUUUUUUGACUUUUUGUCGAGAAGCACCAACGAAUUUGUCCAGGAAAUCACAGCUUAUCAGGACCUUUUAGGAUGUACUGUGGCUCGAGCUUCUGGAAAUGCUACGACAAUGUCCAGAGGAACUUCCAAGGGAAAACCAACUCUUUGUGACUCCUUCAGACAUCAGCUUCAGGCUUUAGUAGAUGUGUUACAAGCUACAACACCUUGGUAUGCCAGGUGCAUCAAACCCAAUAUGAAAAAGACGGCUAAUCACUAUGAUGAGAAGCUUGUUCUUGAUCAGCUAAAGUACCUCGGAAUGUUGGACAUUAUUAGAAUUCGAAAGGAAGGAUACCCUGUUCAUAUGCCUUUUAAUGAUUUUAUUGCUAGGUAUAGUUGUCUUGAACAAGGUAGAGCUUCUUUACCUCGGGAUGAAAAAGAGGCAGUGAGAUGUCUGAUUCGGAACAAAAAGGUACCAGAAACUGAGUGGCAGAUUGGUGUGACGAAAGUUUUUCUGAGGAGAUUUGUUCACGAGCCUCUUGAAGAUUCGAGAAAUAAAAUGAUUACUAGCAAUGCAAUCAUUAUCCAGAAGAUUUGGCGAGGAUUUAUAGUUUCACGUGAAUAUAAGCGAGUGAGAGAUGCGGCUCUCAAAGUUCAGCACGCUUAUAAAGGAUGGAAAUUGAGGAUAAUGUUCAUCAGAAAACGCAGGGCUGCAAUCGUGAUUCAGUCUCAUUUGAGAGGUGUUUUUGCAAGAGAAGUGGCUGCUGCAUUAAGAGAAAUGAGACGUGUCGAUGAGGAAAUGAGGAAGAGGGAACGACAGGAGGAAGAAAGAAGACUUAUGGAGGAAAAGAAAGCUGCUGAGGAGAACCAAAGUGCACAAUAUAAUGGCAUUGUGGGAAUGGAAGCUGGGAAAGCUCAGGAGGAAAUAGCAACACUAUCUCAAAUGGCAGAACAGCUAAAUUCCAAGAUGGCAGCUUCCGAAUUACAAUCUGUCGAUCUAGAUAAUCUCUUCUCGUUCUUAUCAGAUGUGCAAUCAACAAAAAAUAAUCAGAUAAUCGAAGAAAUUGGUGAAAAAAUGGACGAACUUGUAGAGAAUUUGGACGAAGAACUGGAGACAGUGAUCCAGCAAGAAAUAGAAAAAAGAGCAGAGUUGAAGGUUUCUGAAGAAAGCUUAGAUGGAAAUCAGAGAAUUUACUCGAGUGGAAAUAAAUUGGGACAACCAACUCUUCCUGAACCGACAGGACCACCUCCACCACCACCGCCACUUCCUUCCCUUGUUCAAAAUGGAAGUUCGACUUCAGAUAAUGGCGAGCCGAUUUAUGAGUCUGUUUUACCCAGGGAUGAAAAUGGACCUUCGAGUCCUGUAGCUAUCAAUGGAAACUCUGGAUCUCUAAUGAAUGGAGAUCUUCACGGAUCUCCACCACCAGUGCCAACUAGUAAGAUUAUCCACAAUAAAGAACCCCAGACUGCAAGUCCACCUCCAAUUGUUGAGAAUAGGAGCGCGAGUCUUCAUCAUAUUAAUCAUAAUCAUAAUCAUAAUCAUCAUCAACAUCCUGUUCAGCAACAAGUUAAUGGACAUGAUCAACAUCAACAGUUACCACCUCAGACACAACAGCAAACGCAACAACCAGCAGAAAGGGAACAGAGAAGAAAGUUUAGGGUCGAGAGAAAACUGCAGGAAUUGGAGGAUAAAAGGGAACCUCCUCCUGAAGGAGAAAAUUACCAUGAUAUUAUGGAGUUUGCAGAGACUUACUUUAAUAAUCAUGAGAGAUCUCCGGAGGGUACGAUUAUGGCGACUCUGACAAGGAAAUCUAGGGGCAAGAGUAUAGAGUUUGUUCCAAAAUAUGAGAUGGUUACUUACUACAAAGGGAACACUAUUCCCAAUUCGCAUAUCCACAUGUAUGAUCCGGAAAACGUCAACGUUGCCUGUUCUGUAUUUAGGGACCUCUGUAAAUAUCUCCGAGGUGAGAUGAAGCUAGAACAAGAAAUUGCGACAAUCCAAAGCAUAAUCGGCUACGGAAUCGAACGUGAGGAACUCCGAGAUGAAGUCCUAGUGCAAUGUAUGCGUCAAGCUACCAACAAUCCCAAUCAAGAAUGGGCCGAACGAGUCUGGCUUCUCCUCUGCUUAGCAAUUGUUGCUUUUCAGCCCAGCAAGCUACUCUACAAAUACUUUGUCUCCUUUCUCCGAAAGAACCUAGCCCUGGAAGGCAAACUUCGCCAGUAUGUACAAUGGUGUGUCGACAACUGUAAAAACACCAAAGUCUCUUGCAGACAAUAUCCACCAUCAACAGUGGAAAUCGCAGCCAUGAGACGACUAGGAACCAUCGUCUGUCGCUUUUUCUUCUUAGAUGGAAGAACAAAAGCCAUAGAUGUUCAUCCAACGGAUACUGCAGCCGAUGCAGUAGCCAAACUUGCUGAAAAACUAGGUCUUCGAUCUCUGGAAGGCUGGGCAAUUUAUCAGAGUCGUCCUGACGGAGAGGAACACGUCAGGGCUCAUGAUUAUCUCUAUGAUGUAAUAGCUGCUUGGGAAAUAAAACAAUGUAAAUUGAACACUGCCCAGUCAACCUUUCCUACUUUGCGAAGAGGAAACAACGCUACAUUGGGUAGUGGAGACAACAGAUUUGUUUUCAAACGCAGGCUUUUCCGAAGCACCAGGGAACUUUCUCAAGAUCCUGUUGAAGUCAAUAUGCUAUAUUCUCAGGCAGUUUACAACGUCGUAAAGUGUGACGACUUUCCAGUUUCAGAAAAAGUCGCUCUCCAGUUGGCUGGAUUGCAAGCUCAAGUAAUGUUAGGUGAUCCGAAAGACAACGACCGUCUGGAUUAUUAUAGUGAGGUGGACAGUUUUCUACCUUAUCGAAUCAGCAGAGCUCGCGGUGAUGAUGUCUGGGUGCCGAUUAUAGCCCAAGCCCAUAGACAAUAUGGCGCUGGUCGUUCAGAAUUAACAGCAAAGGUCUUGUAUCUUUCUUGUGUUAUGCAGUAUCCGCUUUAUGGAACUACUAUGUUUAAUGUCACCUACAGAGGUUACUGGUCCUAUGGAAAUCAACUAAUAUUGGGAAUCAACAGUGAUGGAUUGAUGUUAAUUAAACCAGAUGAUAAGUUUGUUUUAUCCGAGUACCGAUACCAUGAUGUGGAAAGUAUAAUGUUAGACCCCAGCGACUCAUUUAUUACGAUAUCUCUACUCAGACACAAUCCCGAUAGUUCCCACAAGUGUUUUGUGUUUGAAACAGCUCAGAAGAAUGAGAUUGGUAGUUUAAUUGUGAGCUACUGUCCAGCUUUGGCAGGUUGGAUAACGGAGAACGAAGCGCCGAUGAAGAAGCUGAAAGGCAUGACGAAUGAAGAUCGAAUCAGACUUUACCACAAUUUAGUCAAUUGCCGCAGAACCCUUAUAGAUUCGGAGGCUCUCCGAAAACCCCAAGACACCGGCGGAGGCUUUUUGAGAAAUACACUCCGAAGACUAUCAAAGCACAGGAUAGAAAAACUGAGACAGGAACAUGGUAGCUCUACAGAUCAUGGUGAAACUUACAAAGGUUUCCACUAUAGUUACUGGGCCUUUAGUAGACAAAUUAUUCCCCAGAGUCUUUCGAAAUUACCAGAUGCUGAGGAACAGAUUUCUCUGAGUGUUUUCCAGCUGAUUUUAACAUAUGCAGGGCUCGGUCAAAAUGGAGACACAGUGCGAAGGGUUGAAGACGAGCACGUGAACCUUAUUCAAACUGUUAUGGAACGGUGCAUGCGAAAGGAGAAUUUACUCGGCGAAUUGUAUCUUCAACUAAUUAAGCAGACAACUGAUCAUCCUGAUCCCAACAGUCGAGUGAAUUUGAGACACUGGGCUCUACUUUCUCUAGCGUGUUCUGUCAUUCUUCCACCCCAGAAGAUUAUCAGAAAAUAUUUAAUGGCCCACUUGAAACGUUGUGCUAGUGAUUACGUCACUGAAGAAGGAAAAUAUGCGAGAUUUGCUGAAAAGUGUCUCUACAAAACCCAAGGGACAAGGAGACGACAAUGGCCACCGAGUAGAGAAGAAAUCAUGUGUACGAUUAAUCGAAGAUUGAUUUAUGCGAGGUUCCACUUUAUGGAUGGUCAGUACCAUGCAGUUGAAUUCCAUCCGUCAGCAACUGCGAGGGACGUGAUGGAGAUUAUCAAAGCUAAGAUUGGAUUAGAAGAAACUGCGAUGGGAUACGCAAUUUAUGAAGUUUUGGGAUCUUCGGAACGGGCUUUGGUUCCAGAGGAAAAACUGGCUGAUGUAAUGUCCAAGUGGGAAAGAUACAGAACUGCGAGUGCAACUCAAGGUCAGCCGCCUAGAAAACAUGCUCAUCAUCUAUUCCUAUUUAAGAAGCACUUGUUCCUUGAUCAGUAUAUGAAUUUGGAUGAUCCAGUGGAAAAGGAGUUGCUUUAUCAUCAGGUGCUACAUGAUCUAAGAGCUGAUCGGUUUCCUAUCACUGAAAAGGAAGCGAUGAUGCUGACUGCUCUACAAUCACAGGUGGAACUUGGAGAUAGUCAAGAUGUGGCAAUUGGAGAAGAGUAUUUGGCAAUUGCAGGACACUGCCUGCCAGUAAGAAUUGUGCCAAAUCUCUCGAUCGAAGGAGUUGUUCAACAUCAUCAGUCUUUAAGAGGAAUGCCAUCGUCAGAGGCGAAAAAGUCUUUCUUGAAUCUGAUUCAAUCUUGGCCGUUGCAUAAAGCGACGAUAUUUGAUGUGAUGCAGUCGUUUACAUCCAACUGGCCAAGAGUUUUAUGGUUGGCCGUUGAUCAGGAUGGUUUGCAUCUUCUUGAACAUCGUUCGAGAAAUGCUCUUUGUACUUAUGAGUAUGGAAGUAUUUUGAGCUAUAGUCCUGCGAUUAAUUGUCUAAUGAUAAUCACUGGAAGUGACAAAAAGCAGAGCAAAGUUAUACUUUCAACUUCACAGGCCUUCCAAAUAGCAAAUUUGAUUCGCGAAUACACGGAGGUGUUGCAAUCUCCGCCAGAUAUUCCGAAACGAGAUUCAGCGAUAGUGCAACAAAUCAAUCAGCAACACAUCGUUGCAGCCAACGCACCAGGAAAUCGAAAAUCUCGACCAGCAUCAAUGCUACAUAGAGGGGCUCCUGUGAUUCACUCCCAAGCUAGUUAAACGUUAAAGAGAGUCUGGUCGAGACUCACACUCGUUAUAGUUAGUUAAACUUCUUUACCUGCGAGAGGCCUACCAAAUGCGACGAUUGCCCUUUUAAUUAAUCAAUUUUAAUGGCGCACAUUGUCAUCGAAGCACGAAGGUAAAGCCUAGGUACUUCUUCCAAUGUAAUAAUGUAUUUCUUAUACAUUACAUUAGCUUAGAUCUCGAAACUCGAAAGAUUUUAAGGCACAGCUAGAUUAAGUCGCCUGUAACUUAUUGUUAGAUUUGCGAGGGAAACUGCCAUACGAUUUUACUCACGAACAAAGUGUGGAACCAAAGUCCAAAGAAACCUACCGACAUUAUUGAUUGCUAUUAUUAUAAUAUUGAUUACAAUAUUAAUUAUUAUCGUGUCAUCGUUAUACGCGUCGUUGCCUUUUCUACCAAAGUUCUUGACGUUUUUUAUAAGAGCUUUAUCGCGUUUAAUAGGUACUCUCCCUCAUUCGUUACCGAAUGCCAAAUACUUUUCUCGAUUAACGCCAAUAUUUAAAAAUGUUUUUCGACGUUUUUACCGAUAAGAAGGUUUAUAUUAUAUAUGUUGUAACAUAUAGAUAACUUUUUGACCAAUAUUGGAUUUUUUUGACAAUUCAGAAGCUGAAUAACAAAAUAAAGUAGGCACAAAUUUACAAUCAACACUGCCAGUUUACUAUUUGAUUCAUAAAUUCAAUUUAUACGUGACAGUGAAGUCAUAGUCUGCAGCGAAAAAGGAAUGGCUCUAGCGAGAAAAGAAGAAAAUAUAAACAAAAAGUUAUUUAAUUAUUUAUUAUUAUUUUAUUUUUAAAGAUGAGUCAUUCCACAUAUUUGCAAACAAGAAUCAAAGUAUAUUGAAUCUCUUUGUACAAUUUAUACAAUUUUAUUUUAUAAAGUGAUCCAGUCUUGGAAAUCUAUGUGACCGACUCAGCGAUUCUAAUUGUAAAAUAAAAAUAUAAUAUACAUUAGAAUUGUAUCGACGCAUAUCACGAUUCAAUGAGAACUUUUGUAAACGAUAUCAAGAUAAAUCUUUCUUUUUUGCGCUGCCGUUUUUAGUUAUGUUUUCAUUUGGUAUUGCACAAGUUCACUUUACGCUUAAAUAUUCGAAUCACGCAAUGUCCAGCGUUGUGCCUCGGAAAAUGUAACUUUGAAUGGCCAAACCUCUUUUUGUCAAUUUCUUUUAACCAGUUUUUUGACAUGUAAAUAAGAAGCACAAAAAAUGCGCUUAAAUGAAUAAUAAUUUAUUGACAGGCCGAUUUCGAAUUUCGAGAAAUCGGAUCUAUAUUAAGCCGAUUAUAGCCGCACAAUUAUUGAAGAAAGGACAAACAGUUAAAAAUGAAAUGUUAAUUUCUUCUUUAAGAAUUUAGCCGAACAAACGAAUGCUGAGACAGACUGUGAUCCGCGUUAUUUUUUUUUUUAGUCUUCGAGAGCUGUUUACAUGCGAGGUACUGAAUGAGAGCACGUGAGACAAAAGAAAAAAUGAAUAAAUGAGAGGAGUGAAUUUGCGAUUGCGAAGAGAGUGAAAGGAAAUUUGGGCGCGUUGAGUGAAAGCUUUAGUCUAUUGCGAAAGCUUGGUGCGUUUUGAAUUAUAAAUAAAUUAUUGUUUGACAAUGUUAUUAAAAAUAUAUAAAUCAAGAAUGCUCUGUAUAUAAAAAAAUAUAUAUAUAUAACAUACGCAUACGUACACGCUCACUCACACACAUACAAAUGCGCGCCUACGUAUUAUAUAAAUAUAUAUUAAUAUACUCAACUGUAUAAGAACACAAUAAAAUAAAUCUGGUAUAA